AUGGAUGAGCUCAUUACUCCAGCCGACGGUUCUGCAAGUCCAACCCAGCUUUCCAGCUGCGCAAACUCCGUUUUGGAUAGCAUUGAGGACACUAUGGGUGCCAAAUCGCGCCAGUGGAUUGAACGCCAAGUUCCAAUCUUUGAAGCAGCUCUGCAGCCACUGUUUCUAUCCCUGCCCAGUCAGCAAGGGCAGCUAAGCCAACACGUGGCAAGGUACGCUUUGCAUCGAGUGUUCGUGGAUGAGCGGGGGUGGUUUAUCAAGAGCCUGGAAGAGUCCGACCUUUACAGCGCACCUGGUACUGCUUCUCCCGCAAGCGUUCUGCAGAAGCAGGUUCCAUCAAGAGUUGAGCAGAAGUUCCACACAUGCUUCAAGGAUGGUGUAUGCGUGAAGGAACUUGCUGUGCUGGCUGCAACGCUCGACAGCCUUGUGCAUCACGAAGUGCUUGAGCGGGUCAUUGCUGUCUUCAAGGCCCACAAGCUGCCACUGUUUGGCAGUGUGAGAAUGGAACAGAUGGACCAAGUUCUGGAGCAGGUCAUGAUGAGCUACAUCCUAGAAGAAGCCGGAUCACCCCACGCUAUCGAGGCCUCUGUCUCGGGGAAUGUGAGCAUAUCUGACAGAUAUCCUAACUGGGUGGAGCUUCGGAGCUUCUUGCGGAACAUCGAAGGCAUUGUGCGCCCCUCCAACUCAAAACGGCUGAAGUUUGAUGACCUUAUGGAUUUGGUACAUGAGUUGCAAGUUCACUUCGGCCGGUGGCAAGACGGCGAGUGCCAAGAACAGAAGGUUGAGCUUCACCGCAUGGAGAUCCGAGAAUGCGCUGGGCAUGUGAACCUUCGAGACUUCUAUGCUGCCAACCUGCACCAGGGCAAGUGGCAAUUCAGCGAGAGCAUGGAAUACCUCCGCGUUGUGGGUGCGCUUGAAGAGAGCCAGCCUGACAGCCCCAGAGUGAUUUUGGCAAAUUAUGUCCAAGGGCCAAACAACUGUGUAGCAUCCUCACGUUACUACUCGCAAUGUUGCUUGAACCCGUGCUCAAGUCAUCUCUCCAAGCUUGAGAAGGCAGUUGCAGCGCCAGAAGUGUCUCCGGAGCUGCUUAAAUCGGCAGUAGUGGCUGUCCUUCCCAAGCCUGACGCGCAAGACCUUUGGGAUCGACUUUGGAAGAUCGCUCAAGGCGGCAAGGUGACCUUGCAUGGAGCUCCCUUUGCAGAGUGGUUGCAUAGAGCAUAUCCUCAAGACUGCCCAGCUCCGCUGGUUGGUUCUCCCAAACAAGAAAGACCUCGCGAGUACAUGGCAAGGACAGGGCUUUCCACAGACUUUCCCGAGGAGGAGAUGAGGAGCUUCGUUGAACAACGACCGGCACAUGAUGAAGGUGUAUGUGAACUCAAGUGGCGUACUUGGGAUGUCCUGCACCAACAGGCACCUUCCAGUGCCAGGUAUCUGCUGGCAACCAAGGACCAAGCUGUGCGAGUUCUAGAACCGUGGGCCUCGGUCGCAGGAGCGUCAGGUGGAGUUGCCAUUCUACUGGCAAUGAUGCGCUUCUCAUUGGGUGCCGCCCGCAAAGAACAGUGCAAAAGCGACUUUCUGGCAACGGGCUCCUACUAG